UCGCAGCGUCACCCGAAAAAGCUCAAAAGCAACCCAACAGUAACCAUGAUCGAGAGUACUACUAGACACAGCGCCAACGGUAGCGAAGGGGACUCGAACGAGGUGGUAAGCCACAGCACGAGAACCCCACUUUCCUCACAGCUGUCUUUGGGUCCCGAACGCAUUCCCCCAACUUCAGCAAGAAAGAGUGGUGACGAACUAGUGAAGUAUUUUGCUCUUCCUUGGCGGACAUUGCUUCGGAAGCUUGCGCGUGUCGGCACGAAGCAACUGUCCGCAGCCGUAGCAGCCACGGGAAGGGCUGAAGAAAUCGGGGAUUGGUCAUCGCGAUGUAGCACCAAUGGCAGCGGGGCUGCGGUAGUUACCGAAAAGACCUCCUCGGGAGAUGACGUCGAGUCACGUGCCAACACUUCGAAUGUCGCGUCUUUAUUGGGAGAUAGACGAUCCCUACCAAUGUCUGUAGGCCAUGACAAUGGUGAAGUGUUUUGCGAACCCUCGGGAGCAGCUCAGCAAUUUCAUCACUACCCGCAUCGCCAGCGAAGACACUCUGAGAGAGAGGGAGCUGGAACUACAGGAGAAUUACCCCUGGGCGGGGAUCCACUUCAGGAUUGCAAUUCACACUUACACGCAGCCAAUCGCCGUCGAGUCACCGCAUCAUCACCGCUUUCCAAACAUUGUCCUUCUCCAAAGGCAUCGUUCGAGGCAAUGCUGGCAACCACCACCAGCUCGAUUCGCUCAGGAAAAAAUGGGGCGGCAAAGAAGAACACAGGAUUAUCGAAGGGACGAAAGAACACGAAAGGUGUAUUGGCACAUCAUAUGGCUGGGACGUAUCCGAUGCAGAGAACAACUCAUCGAUUUGCCCAACUACAACAAAAACGCACCGACUCGGAUGGGAUGACCUCGAAUGAACCUCGAGAUGCUUUUAAAAAAGCAUGGAUGAAAAUGGAUAGUGCUUCCUUCUCAAAUGGAAGCCCUUCAUCUCCCAGUAGCCGGACUUCCGACGACGACAUAGAAGGCUGGAACGGGAGCUACUCUGGAAGUGGCACAGAAGGGGGUUAUGCGGCUUCGGCGUCGUCUAACGAAACUCUUUCAGGAGCUGAAAGAUCAUGCUCGUCUGAUUUAUCUGCAGAAGCUUUAAAGUUAAGACACAUCAACACUUCCUGCAAUCCGGACGCUUCUGAGCAUGGCAGGAAGCAAGAGUCGACGUUUUCAACAUCUUCCGACAUUGCCGAUUUCAGCUCAGGUGGCUCCGAGUUUGAAUCCGUUGACGAAAGCAUACCUGACGCGGUAUCGGAUUCCGCUUCGAACGCAUUGUCUUCGAACGGUAGCCGCUUCUUCGACAAAAGAGAGGAUGAAUUCAAGGCCACCAAACGAAACCAUCCAAGACGUCAAGCUUCCAUACCUCGCAAUCACUUGAGCUUGUCGCAACUUGCAAUGCAGAAUAGUAAUAAAGUUUCGAAUCAGACCAACCUGACUGUGAAACCAAGCGCUUGUCACGAAAUUAAUGGAAAGGCCCCUAUUUUAGCCUUGGGAGGAGAUGUUAUGGCGCACGUCUUGGCAUUUUUGGAGCCACCAAAGAUCCUGGAGGUUAUUACGGCUCCACUCUCGAAAGAUUGGCUGAACGCCUUCUCCCAUCAGUCAGAGCUUUGGCGUGUGCUCUGUCUUCAGGAGCCUUUGAAGGCUAGAAUCGAGAACGAACCGGACAGCGACGACGAAUCUUUUACAGGUUCUUUCUCUUCUAUCACCGGAUCCCAACACCGCCUCACAUUUGGCAAGUUUAGACUCUUAUACACGGCAUUUGUCCGUUGUAUGAAAUAUUUGGCUCGCAUUAAGGACGACGCAUCAAAUGGAAGACCUCUAUCGGUGGUAGAUUACGGUGUUGCCGACGGCAUGGGAAGCCACGACAUUGGUUCCAAUCAGAAUCUUCGACAGUUUCUGGCAAGAAGUAGAGGUGUAAGUUUCCUCACUGGACAGAAUGAACAGGCCGAUACGCCCCACAGCGGCAGCCGUCAUCACGCAUUUGCUACUAUAACUCAGUCGAUUGGAGUCUCGGAUAACGGCAGUGCGACUAAAUCCAAACGGAAGCAUAAGGAGGAGGAGGAAUGUAUGGCUGUCAAGAAGAUGCGACGCUUCGCCAGUGGGCCCUCGGCGCUUACGCAGAGAUUGCUCGGACCACCCAGCACCGGAACUCCAGGUAACACCGAGUUGCCAUGGUCCUGUGCGAUCUUUUCGAUCGUUAAUUGGAUGCUUGCUUUCUCGGAUGUGGAGGGUAUUCAGACGAUGUGCCUGAGAGAUUUGCCGUCUUUGCUCGAAGAUGAACAACAGCGAAUCACUGCCCAGCGAGCAGGACUGACGGACGUGGUACUCCGCGCUAUGGUUACGUUUCCCGACAGUAGCCCACUGCACACGGCAGCGUUUCACACCAUUGUCCUUCUGGCCCGUCCAUUGGGUGGUCGAGAGGGCAUGUUGUUCCAUACGUCAAUGGUGAAUUCAUCGGGCAUCUUCAGUGCUAGCAGUGUGGCCUCUCGCAAUGGUAAGAGCGGUAUAGCUGUUAUGCUUGAUUCAAUGAAAAGGUUUCAGCAAGACGAAGUACUUCAAGCCAUGAGUUGUUGGUCCCUUGUAAAUAUUGCUCUAGCCCCGGCACAGAAGGAAGUUCUUGUGAAUCUUGGUGGUAUCGAAGUGACAUCCAGGGCUAUGUGUGCUCAUCCGCAUAGCGCUGAAGUUCAAUUCCGUGCGCUUUUUGCUCUGAUCAAUCUUGUAAUCCCCUCGCGAGACCAAGGAGAGCCUUUAAGAGGAGAAGUGAUUACCGAAAAGGAAAUGCUCGAUGAAAGUGUUGAUCAGAUCAUCCACCUCGUUCUCCUGGCGAUGAAGAACUUUUGCGCAUCUGAAGCAAUCGUGAAUAGAGCGUGCCUUGUUCUUCACAAUGUGUCACUUACUCGAGAGUACCACGAAACACUCCUUUGUUGUCCAAACUGUUACCAGAUGCUGGAAUGGUGCUUGGCCAACUACCCAACUGAUCAGGUCCUGCAGCAAAGCGCUUCGGGAACCUUACACCGCCUCCAGCUCACUUUGAACAGUGACGAAAUCCUUCGAACUCGAUUUGCUACUACUUUACAAGCGCAGCAGCAAAUGUCCCUCGAGAAUGUGCAUAGAGAGGCGAUUGUCGCUCAUGAGCAGCACGCUCAAAGUCGGACGAUAUAACUGUAAAAUACACCGCCGGAGCACAUGUACUGAAAUGUUGUUGACAGUGAGUGACUUUUGAUUAUAUUAAAUUUGACCAUAAGGACGUGAUCAACUAUUUGACUGAAUCGACAUGAUAUUGCUACAACUGUUUGUUAAUAUACGCACAAACAACGUAGCAUCAAUGGACAAUUGGUCUUCGCGCUUUCUGGUAUUAAUAGUGAGGAAAAUAGGCGCUAUACAUUAGACUAAACGGUGUAAUUUCACGCGAUGCCG